AUGUUCCAGCCCGUCAAGUUACUUAGUCGAUACCCGGUGAAAAGUCAGCUUUUCAAGCGGUUUCAAUCCACCAUAAAGGCCCCUCCCCCACCUCCUCCGUCUGGUCCCAAAAAACCAACUGGCAUCAAAGCGUUGAUGAAAGAGUACGGGUUUUCAGCUCUUGGAAUCUACCUUGGCUUGAGUGCCAUCGACUUGCCAUUGUGCUAUCUCUUGGUCCACUCUGCUGGUAAGGAAGAGAUAGAGUACUAUGAGAAUAAGAUAAAACAAACGUUUGGAUUCGGCAUCAGUGAUGACGACUUGAAAAGACAGCAGGAAAUAGACCAGCUCCAGCAGUCGCAGGAGGACUUGGAGAACCCUAUUGGAGAAGAAUCGCAGUCAACGCUCAGCUAUGUGUUGUCUCAGUUCUCGUGGGCUGAAUUUGCCAUAGCUUACACCAUCCACAAGUCGUUUAUCUUUAUCCGUCUUCCUCUCACCGCUGCCAUCACUCCUCCUGUCGUCAAGUUGUUGAGAGGAUGGGGAUUCAAACUCGGCUCUCAGAGCAUCAAGACGUCUGCCAAUAUCGCCAAGGACCACAUCAAAGACUUUACUGCGUCGAGCAGCAAGUUUGGCACCCGUCCCACCCAGAAGAAAAAAUGGUUCAACUUCUUCUUCUAA